GGUAAGCCUGUCUCGCUCGCACUCCGAGUCCGCCAGAGUCCGCGCAACGACCGUUUCGCCUUGGCCCAAGGUCGGUCCGUGUUUUAUCAACGUUUCGUCACAGAGAGACGGCCCGCGAGGAGGCCCACGUCACGACGACGACUCGGUCGCACCGAACGACUUCGCCCUCCGUGUCGUCGGCCAGUUUCGCGCGACGGCGGGACGAGAUGCCUGCACCUGUGCGCUCCCCGAGAGGGUUAUGUUGACCUGCUAACGGCGCCGAUCGCAAAGGCCGAGUCAUGGAAACGGAAUCGGACCGGCGGCUCGAGGAACCAGGAGUCGAGAUGUAAUGCCUCGGGGUUCGUCAUACCGCGAGGAAGGAGAAAAUGAUGACUGCCAUGGCGAGGCUACCCUGCAAGCAAACCUCGCCCUCUCAACAGCCAAGGGUCAACAAUUUUGGUAACAAGGGGUACUGGGAGAUGCAAGCCAGACAGCCUGCACCUCCCUACGUCAGAAACCACCAGCGAAGCCACCAUGCGGAUCACGCAGGAAAGCGGAAAAGUGCCGUGGAACUGCUGCAGGAGUCUAAGGCCUUCUACGUGAAAAGCGAGACCGUCCUGGACCGCAAGCAGGAGUUGAAGAACAGCGGGCACUUCCAGGUCUCCCAACUGACCGCUCCAGGAGCACCACCUCGACUCCUGAGGAAGAGCAGCCACUCGGGGGCGUGUGCUAAGAAGCAACAAGUACCGCAACAACUGCCGACUCCUGUGGCUCCGGCUUGUUGCUGGAUCGCCUGCCACGAACAGGACAGACCGGAUGGGGUUUUGAGCCCUCAGCGAACACUGCCACCUACUCUGCCACCGAAGAGCCCGCGUCUGGUUCCCAUUCCCCAGAGGCGCACCAUUUCUGGACCCCCGAGUGGUACCGGAAGCGAUCAGCUCCAGACCAAGCUACGCAGGCUCCUCAAUACCGACAGCAAGGAAAAUGUUUUCUUUCCCGAGUCUUCGCCGAUGCCGGCUAAUCAAGUGCCCGAGCUCGGCAGGGAGGACAAAUUUAGAUACUCCCCCGGUAGCUUGUCGCCUGGAUGCAGAGAAGAGGAUCGCGUUAUCUAUUGCCCGCCACAAGACAUUCGCUUCAAGUUCGGCAGAAGCAACUCCCACUCCCACACGUCGGGCAGAUCUGCUAAGAGAACCGGAAACUGCUCUUCCUCCGAGAACACCGUUUGUCACAAGUCGCUUCCGGAUCUUCAUACCAGCACUAGACGACGAGCUUCCUUGUCACCGCGAGCAUCAACAAAGUCAUCCUCUAAGCCUGUUUCCACGAGCCACUUCCAGGCCGGUAAUAGUUGUCCGGACUGCGAGACCAGCUCCGACUACUCCGAGCACAGUUUCCAACGAGAUGCGAUCUGUUACCGCAGUAAAAGACACAUUCGGCGUUCUUUGGGCUCUGGAGGUGGCGACGCGAGCAGCGUCUUGUCGUCCGGUGGCCGGACUCAAAAAUCCUCCGGGUCGAGUAAACUGAGCCAUGGAGCACCAGCUAGAGACUCCGGAGGCUCCUCUGGACAUUGCACUCAUCGUAGCGAACCACCGCCUAGAAUACAAGAUUGCUGGAGUCACAUUCGCAGAGAUAGCGGCGCCUCCACCCAGCACUCGAUAGAAAAGGAGAGGUCGAGAAAGAGCAGCUAUGGCAGCGGGACGCCGUCGUCCGUUGCGCGACAUUACAGCCCGGAUUCCGACAGUAGUAAUAGUCAAACAGAGUACAGCCCCACGCGCAAUUCAAGGUUCUCCGACGGCUGGAAAGAAGGUCGAGGCAGGCCGAUCCUUCGGUCCAAGUCCGAUAUCAGCGACCGAUAUUGGCGACACGACAAUGGACGCGCAAACGGGGUCCAAGCCCGACCUCCUCCGAGGUCGGUCACCCAGCUGGAGAACUUUUUCGACCACCUCGGCCUCGACUCGGACAACUACCAGAUGAUCACCGAGGCAAACUCUAAGUGCUCCUCCCCGGUGUUCUUCGACAGCGUCAGCUCGGUCGACUCCGCCCUGGGCCUCUACUCCUGGAACAAUCAGAGCAACCCGAGCAAUCAGUGGCAGAACAAUAACUGCAGCGUCGGGAUGGGCAACGACGACUGCAACCAAAGGGUCGGCGACCCACCCAGCAUAGUCGAGAGGAACGCCAGGAUCAUUAAAUGGCUCUGCCAGUGCCGCAAGGUGCAAUUCGGGUACAGCUAAAUUCCCACCGAAGGGUCCACCCUGGAUCCCAAUCAGGUAAAUGAACGGAGCCUGCGAACCUGGUGGCAUUUUAUACAAGUCGAGAGACGGUUCUUCAUGCUCUGGGAACGGUCCUCGAGAUUUUUCUUUCGUCUCAAAUCCUCUCGGUAAUCAUUGAUCCAUGAUAACAGUAAUGGAAUUAUAUGCCUACGCUUUUCCUGAUAAUCUGAAAGGCGCAAAGUCAUAUAUGCUUUCUGUUGAGAAUCUCCUGUUGCAUACUUUUACCUGUGCGAAGGGAGGGACUUUCUUUGCCGUAAAAAGGGGUAAAGCGGAUCGUUAAAUGAAUACUCUCUCUGGUUAAAUAAAUGCAUCCAUGUAUACAUAUUUGUUUACGAUUUAUUUAUUAAUUUGUUCAUUCUAUGCGCACCUUGCUGCAAUUGGAAAGAUGUACCGAGGAUAUUAAUCCUUUCUAGGACACGCUUUUACCCGUUUUCACGGUAGUUACUCACAUUUAUGAAAUGUUUCUACGGAGAGAAGGAGAGGGGACAUUAUUUCUCGCGCUCAACGAAAGCUCUUGUUCUUUGUUAAAUGGAUUCCGGCAACGGCGACUGGAUCUCGGUAUUCGGAGAUUAUUAUAUUGCGAUGCGUUUGUUAAAAGAAUAUGGUUGGAAAUUGUAUAUUUUUACAGGAUUUUCCCUGGGGUUUAGGAGCGUUGUUUGUAAAUUACGGUCUAUGCUAAAUAAAGGGAAGCAAAGAGACGGCUCAUGCUGUGACUUUGAUAUAGUUCUAAGGAGUGUUAAAAAUACAAAUGGUUAAAUUAUUUUGUUAAAUCAAAUGGAAUUUCAAUUUAUUUUGAGAUUCACUUAUUCCAUUAAAGGGGGGGAUUAUUGAUAUCUAAAUUUCCUACUAUUUUUCGACGUUAGUACAUGAAAUUGUCUAAACCUGUACGUAAAUAUUAAACCCAGAUCUAUUAGUGAGGAAAAAAAUGUUCCAUUUGAAUGGAAUUACACUCUGAAAUAGUCUUUCUUGUUUCUAAAUGAGUAAUUGAAAUAUAACCUUCUUUGAAUUGAUACAGGUGUCAAAUCAUAACCUAUAAUCUAUGCUUCGAAGCAAUAUUCCUUGGAACCAUUUCAUGAGGUCCGAGACCGUCUUACCUUCAUUUGAAAUGAUUUAAUUGAAGAAUCAAAAUCUCGUCGUGAUUUUGUUGCUUCGUUUACGCGUUAUGCUUGGGAUUCUUAGUCACUUGGUAUAUAGUGAAUUGUUUCAUCGCAUAGUCACUAAAUACGGCAUUUUAUACUUGAUUCGAGGAUGUUCGCAGAACUCCUGUGCCAUUAGCGUCUUGCUUAGUGCUUGUUCCGACUGUGGACGCAUAGAUCAAACCUGCAAAUCGUAGUUAUUUAUUACUAUUACAUUUCUUAUAUUCUAUGUUUCAGUGUUAAUUUUUCACUUAAUUUUGUACAUGUAUACCAAAUAUGGAGCGGGCUUUGCCAGUUUGUUUGCCCAUAAUUGCUUUGCAUCGAGUCUCAAAGCGUUUUCGAGAUUGAGGUUAGUUUUACCGUGUUAGAGGCGAACCGAUUGGAAUGUCUAAGGACUCGAUAAUCGAUGGGGAAAUUGUUAUCGUAUGUUGCUCGUUUUUCUCGGGGCGCUUUAGCGCGGCAUUAAGUUUUCCUGAAGUCAUUGCUGCGAUUCGAUAAGAAAUCAAGUAAACGAAACGAAUAAACAAAUCUGUGUUAAACCGUUAUCAAAUCGUAGAGGUGUGUUUCGGCAGUGUUGAGCACCGAUGCUUUUGCAUGGUGGUCCUCGAGCCUGCAAGAAUUAAUACUUAAUGAAAUAUUAUUACUCGCUCCUUACGGGGAAAAAUGUAGGAGCAUACUUUUAUCAACCGGCUGUAGCAUGCAGUAUCAAGUUGCACGGUAAUUGAAGAGUUGAUGUGAAAUUCUAGUUUUAAAUAAUCAUAGCAGGAAUUGAGGCAUCCUGAGCUAUUACUAUAGAUGUGCCGAUAGAUUUAACCUAUGUUGAUUUUAUAGUUUUAAUUUUACUUUGUAACGUCCUAGACGGUGAAAAAAACUGUCCUUGUUAGUGUUUCGCUUUGUUGAUGAAUGUGUAUGGGUGUGAUUCAAGCUAUGCAGGCUGGAAAUUCUUCCGAGAAUAGAUUUUGCCUGUUAAUCUCAAAAUUGAUUUAUGCGUUAUUAUGUAAGACUAUUGGCUGAAGCAUGAAAAUGCCUUCGCAAACAAGAGGCAGCUGUUAAUUUAUGUUCCUAAUUUUGUUUUGCCCUCAUCAUUUGACAUCUGCAGUAACAAUGGGAUUUGUCAAUGGAAUUUUUCUACUCUGUAGAGUAAUGCUUGCCGUACGGGAUCGGAUGUAAGAAUAAUCUUCAUUCAACUCUUUAAUAAUUGCCAACUUAAAUAUUACUGUGUACUUACGCAUACGUUCUCGCAGAACUAUUGAAAAGUGAUACUCGAUAUUCGUUCUUGUCGGUCUGUUAAAGUUAAUGAAAUAUGACGUUAAUAUUACUAUUAUAUUAGUGUUACUACGGUAGGCUGCUGAUGUGCAAUUCGCAGUUGGCAUGUUUUAUUGCACUUUAGCCUAGAAACUUUAUUAACCCUUUCACUGGAUCGUCCUUGAGUUCUGUGUAUCUGCAGAGGGAAAAGCUAUAACUUCUACGAUGACAUCGAAACAGUCGUGGGAUUUUUUUACUUGAAUGUUAUCUCGAAGUUUAAUAUAUUAUUUUAUUAAUUGGAAUAUUGGAAGAAAUAAACUCAUUCAAAGUACAAAAAAGAAACACAUAUUUUUCGAGAUAUUUUAAUGAUGCAUGCAUUUUAUUACAUAUAUCAUUAAAGAAUUUUUCUGCUUGGUUAUACAUUCAAUGUGUACAAUAUAUGAAGUAUAAGGUUCUUCAACUUGCAGAUGCAGAAAACUUGAAGAUUUGCUCAUUGAUCAUUGUACCGUACAAGUUGUCACAUUUGAUUGACAGUUUGCCAGUGAAUGGGUUAGCGAACAGUAUCGUGGUGUUCCAAAGGACAUUCAAUUCUGCAAUUUAGCCACUGCUGUUGAGGCCAGUUUUCCCAAGUCAACGUUAAAUGUUAAAUGUUCACUACCGUAAUUAGUAAUCAUAUCGUGCCUUUUCGUGUUUUUCUAUCUCCGGUUGUGAUUAACGAUGAUAACAGGUCGUCGUAUUAAAAGCAAUACCAAUUGUCAAUUAGGUAAUCGAUCACUUUCUCGUACACUAAGAUUCCAUUAAGUGUAAUGAAAGAUACUUCCCUUACGUGAAUGCUUUACUCCUGGUUUUAAUGAAUCAACAAAUAGUGGAUAUUUCAGGAAAUGGCUAGGAACAAUUUCUUGAGGUCAUUUAUAGUACCAUGCAAAGCAUAAUACGAUAACACUCAGUCUCAGAAUACGUUCAGCGUACGUACUCGAAUCGUUAUAUUUGCAAACGAGCUUUAAUGCCUCUCUUACUACUUGACUAUACUUGAUUACACUUUGCAGGUAUUAUUUUUCUAAUUAAUCUCGUCACCCAAAACUGCUUAUGGGAAGACUGGCCCAAUAUGUAUACUUUUGGACAGAUGUAAACUCGAGUUUGAAGCCCGAUACGAAAUGGCAUGUGGCUAAUUACUUUGUUUAAAAUUGCAAAAUCUAGGGAAACAUCGUCGUGCAAUAAUACGUCUCUCACAGUGCUUUAUUCCUUAUUGCGUGUAGUGUAGUGCGAACAAGUUGCUAGCUCUAGCUUCACCUAGAUUAACACACUGUGGCGAUCGAUGGAAGUACGAUUCUAAGCGUGGAAAUUCGUCUGAAAUGCUCACAAUUAGUAUCAAGUAAAUCUCGUGGGUAGUUAUAUAUAGUAUAUAUACAUACAUACAUAUAUAUAUACAUAUAUUCUUGUAACGAGUUUUGUGUAAGCGUACAACUUAGUGUACAGGUUAGGAGCUAAUCUCACUUUAGCUCCCGAGACAGUUGCGCGUGCAUCUAACCUGAAAAAGGCUUAUUGACUCUAUAAACGCAGAUAUUAACGUGAAAUUACAUUUCGUCAGCGUUUGUGUAUUCAAUUUGAAUUUUAUUACGCUACUUUGUCUUCCAAUUGAGUGGCCGAAAAUUUACGGAUUCGCAAGAAUAACUUUAGCCUACUUUUGUAUCCAUGCGUCUCAGUUACAUUUGUGUCAAUGAAAAUACUGCCGCCAGGCAUAUGGUGGAUGCAUGGUAUAGGAUUGUCUCUUCGUCAUAGAAUUAUUGUCAAUGGAUUCAUAGAGUAUAUUCUUUAAGGGUUGAUUAACCAUUCGCCGAGCUGCACAAGUUACAAUUUAAAGGAUUUAGUUGUUUAAUGUUAAUUAUGUCGCUCGAGUCAAUGGAGUGUUCGACACUUCCACGUGGCCUAUGUCACCCGAUUCGACUGGACUCAACUUAACUUUUAUUGUACAGUUUUGUUUGGUAGGGGCAUAUGCAAUCACAGCAAAAGUCGAUCUAUAUCGAGGGCUUAUUAGUCACAAAUCUAUGUAUUUAUUGGUACCGUGGACUGUAGUGCGAAGCAGUGUAUAAGUUUGUUGCAAAGAGUAGGUGCAAAUUGUGUCUGUUGGGUGUACGUGCACGUGCGUGUUGGAACGUGGCGAUGACAAGUGCGCUGCGACAUAUAUACAUAUUAUAUAUAUUUAAUAAGAGAACUGCAUUUAAAGAUUGCAUUUAGAUGACGUUGACCAAAUAUCUGUUAGGCAGAUUGUAUUGUAUCAUACUACAAAUGGAGGAAAUUAAUCGUCGAUAUUCUUUAUAAAAUUCUACCUUCAGGAACGAGCCCAAUUAGUCAGUCUUUCUAAAUUUGUUUGGAAUGCAGAGCUAAAUUGUUAUCGUGGAAGGUUAAUUGAGCGUUACGGAGGUGCAUUCACAGUCGGUUCGCUUAUUUAGUACAAGGUCCUAAAUUGAGAGCGUAGAACCUUACAAUUAGAGGUAUUAAGUUUUAGAUUUUUUAAGUGGUUCUAAAGGAUUAUGAAAUUAGGUAUAGUGUGUAUGGUGUUGCGUGACCCUUUGCUCGUUUAAUAUUAUAUGAAUCGAAUUCGUGUCCUGAGACGUAUUAGAAAUCAUUUUUAAGGACCUUAACAUAAAUAAGCGAUCGAUACGUUGUUACGAGGAGCGGAAUUAUGAUGAGCCGUAGCCAUGCCAUGGGAUUCUACUAAGAUAUUUCUAUACACUAUUUGUGAUGCAUAAUAUUUAACAUUGUUAAACUCGAAUCUUUCAAUUGCUUUUUAUAAUCUAGUCACGUAGAACGGAAUAUGUUAAAUUCUAAAAUAUUAUUAAAUUUCACCUGUAUAUCACGAACCCGUGAGACUCACGUUUCCUCCCUAUUUAACAUAAUCAUAAUUAUAGGGAAGUAUCCUGAAUAAAUUCUAAAAGUUUUAA